CCCCCAGUGGGGGAGAGCAACGGGAGAAAGCAGCUGCCACAGAUUGAGUCAACAUUUUCAACGAGCUGUCCACCACGAUCCCAAGAUCCCUUUCCUGGAACAAGAACCUCUUCCUAGUCUCUGGUUCUCUUUCAAUCUUGUCUUUUCCCAGAGAGUAGUCUCCAUCACAAGCCAGAAUAACCCACUCUUGCCUCUGAAAUACCUUCCAUGAAAGUGCCAUCAUUUGCACAUGGAGUAACGGCUGUCUGGUGAGGCUCCUUUGGACUACAGGCCAAAAAUGGAAGAGCAAGACUUGGCCAGUGUUGAAGCAGCAAGAGGCCUCAAGGCAGUUCAGGUUAGGAGCUCUGGAGACGGAUCUGAACAGAAAACGCUGUUUGGGGACACCACCAGGACAGAUGUGCACCAAUUGCGAUUCAGACAGUUCUGCUACCAGGAGGCUGACGGGCCCCGUGAAGUUUGCAGCCGACUCCACAAACUUUGCUGUCAGUGGCUGAAGCCAGAAAGACACACAAAAGUUCAGAUGCUGGACUUGGUGAUCCUGGAGCAGUUCCUGACCAUCCUGCCCCCAGAGCUGGAGAGUUGGGUCAGAGAAUGUGGAGUGGAGACCAGUUCCCAGGCGGUGGCCCUGGCAGAAGUUUUCCUCCUGAGCCAGGCAGAGGACAAGAAGCAGGAAGAGCAGCAGGAUUGGCUUCCAGUGCAGCAACUGGCAGCAGAAAUGGUGGGUGAUUUCUCUGAGGCAGAGAAGUCUCCAUUGGACACCAGAGAGACACCGCUCUUCAGGGGGAUCAUACAGGAGCAUGAUCAAGGUGUCACCUCUCUGGGCAGCAAAAAGACCCUUGUGCCUCAUUCCAGGCCUUCUCGUCUCUUUGAUGGAGGGGAUGCAGUUGCUGCUCCAUCACUGGAUCAGGGUCCAGUGAUCUUUGAGGAGGUGGCUGUGCAUUUCACAGAGGAGGAAUGGGCUCUGCUGGAUCCAGAGCAAAGAGCACUGCACAGGGAAGUCAUGGAGGAGACUUCUGAGCAUCUGGCCUCUCUGGGUGAUGAGAGGGGACAUGAGAGAGAGGGUGAAAGGUACAGGAGAAAAGCUGGAGGAAACUGGAAGGGGAGAGAGAAACCUGUUCCUUCCAAAGGGAGUGACUUGCCUGAUAUUCCAAUCCAACAAGAAUGUCACAAAGGAAACCAAAGGAAUAUAGUUCCUCUGCAUGCAGAAAUCUCAACUGGUAAGCCCAGAAAGCACCAAACAAGGUGCAUAGGGGAGAAACCAUAUCCAUGCUCAGUGUGUGGAAAGACUUUCAGAUGGAACUCAGAACUUACUAUACAUCAACGAAGUCACACAGGGGAGAGACCAUACCCAUGCUCAGUAUGUCCAAAGAGCUUCAAAAAGCGCUCAGCGCUUACUUCCCAUAAAAGAAUCCACACAGGGGAGAAACCAUAUCGAUGCUUGGUUUGUGGGAAAAGCUUCAGACUCAGUGGAAACCUUAGCGUACAUCAAACGAUUCACAGAGAAGAGAGACCAUAUCCAUGCUCAGUGUGUGGAAAGAGCUUCAAGAACACUGCAUACCUUAAUUCCCAUCAAAGAAUCCAUUCAGAAGAAAAAUAUUAUAAAUGCUCACAGUGUGGAAAAAGCUUCAGCCAGAGUUCAAGCCUUACUUCCCAUAAAAGAAUGCACACAGGAGAGAAACCAUAUUCAUGCUCAGUGUGUGCAAAGACCUUUAGGCAGCUCGCAGGCCUUACUUUCCAUCAACAAAUCCACACUGGGGAAAAGCCAUAUCAAUGCUCAGUGUGUGGAAAAAGCUUCAGCACCAGUACAAACCUUAAUGUGCACCAAUCAAUUCAUAGAGGAGAGAGACCAUAUCAAUGUUCAGUGUGUGGCAAGACUUUCAGGAACACCGCCCACCUCAAUUCCCAUCAAAGAACCCACUCAGAGGAGAAACCUUAUAAAUGCUCAGAGUGUGAAAAGUGCUUCAGGUCAGACUCAGAGCUUACUUGCCAUCAAAGAAUCCACACAGAUGAGAAACCAUAUCAAUGCUCAGAGUGCGGAAAGACCUGCAGACGGAGCUCAGAGCUUAUUGUCCAUCAAAGAAUCCACACGGGGGAGAAACCACAUUCAUGCUCCGUGUGUGGAAAGAGCUUCAGGCAGAGAUCAAGCCUUACUUCGCAUCAAAGAAUCCACACAGGGGAGAAACCAUACCAAUGUUCAGGGUGUGGAAAAAGCUUCAACAGCAGCACAGGACUUAUUCGCCACUAUAGAAGCCACACUGGAGAAAAACCAUAUCCAUGCUCAGUGUGUGGAAAGAGUUUCAAAAGCACCACACAUCUUAAUGCCCAUCAAAGAACCCACUCAGAAGAGAGACCAUACAAAUGCUCACAGUGUGGAAAGGGUUUCAAGAAGAGUGCAAGCCUUAUUUUGCAUCACAGAAUCCACACAGGAGAGAAACCAUAUGAAUGCUCAGUGUGUGGAAAGAGCUUCAGGAAUAAUGAAAACCUUUAUGUACAUCAAAGAAGCCACACAGGGGAGAAACCAUAUAAAUGCUCAGAAUGUGGAAAGAGCUUCAGUACUAGCAGCAACCUUACUAAACAUCGACGUCUUCACACAAGGUAGAAAGCAUUUAAUUGUUCAGGAUGAUGAAGCAGCUUGGUGUGGAGUACAGAAUUCCAUAUCCAAUGAUUAAAUUGUGUUACCUUGGCCUAUUUUUGGACUAUGCUGGACUAUGGAAACUUGUGAACUGAAAAGGAACAAUGGACCGGAAUCUAAACCAAAUAAAGAGAAAUAAAGGGAGAAAUCUAACAUUUUGCUGGAUACUAUGAAAACUCUAGCAGAGAAGCCAUACUUAGGCUAACUUUGCUUGAUGAAAGGGCCUCUGAGCAAGAAAGAGGCACAGCUUGGAUCCAUUUGGCCAAAGAGUGCUUAAAAAAGGAGAGGUUUUUAAAAAUGGUAUUAAGACAGCAUACUUUGAAAUAUAUCUUAGAAUUCACGACAUUGCAGUACCAUAUCAUUCCUGAAUAUGGAGUGAUAACAUUUAACAUUUUCUUAAAUGUUAGAGAGUAACAUUUAAGAAAAGUAUGUACCAAUCAACUUCCAUUAAGAAAAAGGGGAAAAAGAGGUGACAAAUAGAGUGGGAAUAUUCAGCCUUGACAUACUUGGUGGUUGCUUUCUCAUAGACUGACCACUUUUAGAAUAACCCUAAUCAUUAUUUCUUACAUUAUUGAUAGUAUCGUUUGUGAUUGAUUGGGGGUUACUCUAUGCUUUCCUGGGAUCUACCUUCCGUAGAGAGAUUGCUCUGAUCCCAAUUUAGGAGCCCGCUGCUCCUUCUAGGUAGGCUGCCACCAAUUGGAGACUGAUCUAAAGUCACUGAUCAGGCUCAGACAUGGCUUCAACAGCCCUAGAACUGUCUGACAGGACUUACAGGCACUGUACAACCAGAGUCCACACAACCUUGCUCUAGGAAAAAAAAAAGCAUAUUAAUCUAAAAACAAUUUAGUAGCACAUGACAUUACAAUGCAUAUGGGGAAGAGUUUUGCAAGUAACCCUCCAGAACCUUAAAACCAAAAAUGAAGCCACUUGUAAGUAUAUUAAAUUUAUUAAGAAAUAACAGUUGCACACAGAAUAAGGAGGUGGGGAAAUUGGGAAUACAGGAAGCAAUUUUAUUAUGUGUGUAUUGCAUCUGCAAGUUCUCAUCCAGCAGAGCUCCAGAUUCUUAGGGGUUUAACUCAAACCUCUUCUGUUACCGGAAACAAUGUCCCACUGUGACGCAUUCAAUGGAUUCUUUGAAGAUAAACUUUUUCACAUUCAGGAUGAUCCGAACAACAGUAUUUCUACAGGGCCAGCUAGUGGAGUGUCCAGCAAUCUAUUUCUCCUUGAUAUCAGUAUCAGGAAAUGGCAUUAGUCCCUUAAAUGCCUGCCUAAAGGCAGUAAUGGACUGGAUAAUAAACUGAAGCUGAAUCCACCCAAGCAUGAGGUGCUUAUUGUGGGAUGUAAUCUGCAAGAUGGGAUAGAACUUCCUCUUCUGGGCAAGGUUACAGUCCCCCAGAAAGAACAGGUUCGUUACUUGGGAGUGCUCUUGGACCCAGGGCUCACCCUGGUGCCUCAUGUUGAGGCUGUGGCCAGCAGUGCUUUUUGCCAGCUGCGAUUGAUUUGACAACUCCGCCCAUUCCUUGAGAAUGACCUGAAACCCGGUACACCAGCUGGUCACCUCCAGAUUGGACUACUGCAAUGUGCUCUAUGUAGGGCUGCCUUUGUACGUAUUUUGGGAAUUUCACUUAGUUCAAAAUGCAGCAGCCAGAUUGGUCUUUGGGGUAUCCCAGAGGUUUUUGGACAAAGUGCUGGUUAUUACCAUUAAAGCUCUGAAUGGCUUAGGUCAAGGUUAUCUGAAAGAGUGCCAUUCUCUACAAGAUCCCCACCGCUUAUUGAAAUCAUCAGGAGGGGUCCAUCUUUGUGUGCCACCAGUUCAUCCGAUGGUGAUCUGGGAUUGGGUCUUCUCUGUUGUUGCCCCUAGGUUGUGGGACAUGCUCCCUGUGGAUAUGAGCGUUGUCUUCCUUCAGAAGAGCCUUAAUGACCCAUCUUUUUAGUCUGGCUUUUAAUUUUAAUCUUGUUUUAAAUGAUUUUUUAUUUUAAUGUUA